UCAGCAGUUAUUGCCAAGUCAUCACUAUCACACGUUUCUUUGCAUAUAAACCAUUUAUCAGCUGCAUCCUACUUACCUCAACUAUGACCAUGGAGCUGAACCACAGCGUUACUGAGUUCAUUCUACUUGGAUUAGCACAGGAUGCCCUGAAAGAGAAAAUGUUAUUGGUUGUCUUCUUGUUUCUCUAUCUUGCAACUCUGCUGGCUAACUCAUUUAUUGUGCUGACCAUCAGAUACAGUCGGAUGCUAGGUGGUCCUAUGUAUUUCUUCCUUUCCCACUUAUCCUUUGCUGAUGCCUGCCUUGCAACAACCAUAGGUCCCAGAUUGAUUGUAGACGCACUUUCUAAGAAGAAAGUCAUCUCCUUCAAUGCAUGCGUGACUCAACUUUUUACAGGCCAUUUUUUUGGGUGCCUGGAGAUCUUAGUGCUCAUCCUCAUGUCCUUUGAUCGCUAUGUGGCCAUUUGUAAGCCCCUGAGAUACACAACCAUCAUGAACCAUCGAGUCUGUGGUACGAUGAUGAAUGUGGCCUGGGUGGGAUCUUUUAUCCACUCUUUAGUACAGAUGAUCUUAGUUUUGCAAUUACCCUUCUGUGGCCCCAAUGUUAUUGACCACUAUUUCUGUGAAUUGCAACCUCUGUUGAAACUUGCCUGCACAGACACUUAUGCUAUAAAUCUACUCACAGUGUUUAAUAGUGGGGCAAUAUGCAUGGUUAGUUUCAUAAUCCUGAUGAUCUCCUACAUGUUCAUCUUACACUCUCUGAGGAACAAGAGCGCAGAAGGAAGGAAGAAAGCGCUCUCCACCUGCACCUCCCACAUCAUCGUCGUCAUCUUAUUCUUUGUUCCAUGUAUCUUCACAUACACUCGCCCUCCAAUCACAUUUCCUGUGGACAAGACGGUGGCUGUGUUUUACACCAUUGGCACACCCUUGCUCAACCCUCUUAUUUACACUCUGAGGAAUGCAGACGUGAAAAGCGCCAUGAGAAAACAAUGGUGCAACCAGCUAUGA